UCACUCCCAUUCUCUGCUCUCUCAUGCCUCCACGACGAACCCAGAACUCCUUGCAGGCUUGUAAACUGUCUGCCACCCUCCUCCUCUUCCUUCCAUCACUCCUCUUUACUCUUAUCUUCUUCUCUGUCUUUGCCUUCUUCCUCUUCUUGCCCAUCGUGUGCAUCCUUUCUUCUAUCUUUCUUUUCUCGGCAUUCAUAAGCCGAAUCCCGAUCAUGUCUUUGGGGAGAUUGGUUACUAAGGUUUGCUCAUCUGAGGAUGAUUGGAUGGUUGGAGAGGUUCCUGAAUUCAUUGAGUUCGACCGCUCCGAGCUUCCGGCAUUGGAUGAAUCCUCUGAAGAAGAAGAGCGAAUCAAGGAGGUUUGUGAAGAGGAUGGUGAAGACAUCUACGAGGAGUUAAGGCUACUUCAAGCUGAUCAAAUUCCUUUGGCGAGCGGACACUGCAGCAGUUUCUAUGACAUACUAUCAUUUUGGAGAAGCAAAGAGACAAGAAGAGUAUGAAAGCAGUUGAGACAGAAUAGAGGUAGGUCUUUGUAUGAUAACCCCUUCGUAAUCAAAGAACUGUUUUGUU